AAUUCUCAGCAUCACUCUCCAUCCAUCGCUUCUUCUUCGAUCUUAAACCAAAGCAAAGAAUCUCUUUCUAUCAACUUCUCCAAAAUGGCUGUCAUCGAACGUGUUACCCUCUUCAAGAUCCCCAACAACGACGACCGUCAGCGUGUCCUUGAGCAGUUCAAGGUUCUGGUCAAGUCCGCCACCAAGGACGGCAAGCCCUACAUCAGCAACGCCGCCGUCGGAGCCUCGUUCGAUGACCCUCGUACCCACGGCUACAACCUGUCCGUCAAAAUGACCUUCCAGUCGCUGGACGACAUGAGAUACUACGACAACGACUGCGAGGCACACAAGGCUCUCAAGGCUGUUGCCGUCCCUGUCAAGGAGGACCUCCUGACCACUUACUUCGAGUCCGUGGUCUAAGUUAUGAUAUUAGCUAGCUUCAAAUGGCCAGGCAGGUCCUGCUUAUGGUGAAAUGGAAUGGAACAACGUAU